AUGGAGGCUCCAAGCUCAGAGAAGCCUCUUCAUGACCCCGACCUCACUCAGAUACAAUGGGACGACCCCCGAGAAAAACGGAAUCCGCAGAACUGGCCACUAUGGAAGAAGCUCUUCCAUACAGUCGUGCCAUGCAUUCUCGCGUUUGUGAUUACCUUUGGAACAUCCGUCAACGAAGCAGCGUUAGGAAUACUUGCGAGGAAGUUCGAGGUAUCCCGAACAGUAUCCAUGCUCACUCUCACCCUAUACACGCUCGGUUUGGCAUUCGGGCCGCUAUGUAUCGCACCAUUGUCAGAGAUUGUCGGCCGCCGCUGGGUCUAUAUCAUCACCUCAUCGCUUCUGUUAGCUUUCAGUGCGGGCGCCGGGGCUGCAAAUAAUUUCGCAACUCUCCUCGUAUGCCGCGGGUUGGCUGGAUUCUUUGGGUCCGCUGGAGUAGCGGUUGGUGCAGGAACCCUAGCUGACAUCUGGUGUCUGGAGGAGGAAGGCGGUCUUGCAUCCUUAUUCUUUAUUUUGGGUCCAUUCUUAGGGCCCACAAUGGGUCCUCUUGCAGGCGCCUACGUUCUCCAGGACCAUAAUAACAACUGGAGAUGGACACAGUGGGUGAUGGCGAUCCUCUGCGCGCCAGUGUGGAUAGGCACAGUCCUGAUGAGAGAAACCCUGAAGGAGAAAAUUUUGGCCAAGUCAAAUCUUCCAGACAAAGCUAUAUUGCAGAACAGUAAGCCUACACUGGGUCAGAUCCUCACUGUUGGGCUUGGAAGGCCUGUGAAGAUGUUGUGCACUGAGAUCAUUGUUUUCUCGUUGACUCUGUACACUGCGUUUGCCUACGCGAUGAUCUUCAGCUAUUUCGCCAGCUCAUCAUAUGUCUUGAGCAUAUACUAUGGGUUCAACUGGCAGCAAAUCGGAUUGAGCUUUAUCAGCGUCAUCGUCGGAUACAUUCUCGCGGCUUUCAUGUUUGGAGUGUUCGAUAAGACUCUUUAUGCCAAGGCACGAGAAGCGGGUGGUGGUACUGCCGCUCCAGAGCAUCGUCUCUAUUCAGCGAUCGUAGGCGGCAUUUUAUUGUCUAUUGGGUUAUUUUGGUAUUCCUGGGAGGCCCACGAUGGUGGUCACUGGGCUGCGCUUGUCUGUUCGGGAAUUCCCUUUGGAAUAGGAGCUUUCUCCCUUUUCCUGUCUACUAUCACCUAUCUCGUUGAUGUCUACAAAGCCCGAGCCGCAGCCUCAGGUGAGAAAUCAUGUCUGGAUGCUGCGCUGUUCCCUGUGUAUCUGCCGUACUGA